ACCAGCUGAAGGCAAGAGGAAGCACCAGAGAGAGUCCCCCUUCAGCCUGUCUGACGUUUAUGCACUUGGCUCCCUGGGAAUCUCAAGGAGAUGAUGGCAGGAAUGAAAAUCCAGCUGGUCUGCAUGAUCCUCCUGGCUUUCACCUCCUGGAGUCUGUGCUCAGAUUCAGAAGAGGAAAUGAAAGCAUUCGAAGCAGAUUUAUUGACCAAUGUGCACACAUCAAGGGUCAGCAAGGCAAGUGUUCCCUCUUGGAAAAUGACUCUGCUGAGUCUUUGCAGUCUUAUAAAUAACCUGGACGGACAAGCUGAGGAAACAGGAGAGUUUCAUGAAGAGGAGCUUGUUACAAGAAGGAAAUUUCCCAUUGCCGUGGAUGACUUUAGCUUGGAAGCAAUGCUGACAAUAUACCAGAUCCGAAAUAUCUGUCACAGCAGGGCCUUUCAACACUGGGAGGUGAUUCAGGAAGAUGUUCUUGAUAAUGGAAAUGACAAAAAUGAAAAGGAAGAAGUUAUAAAGAGAAAAAUUCCUUAUAUUCUGAAACGGCAAUUAUAUAAGAAUAAACCCAGACGACCCUACAUCCUCAAAAGAGAUUCUUACUACUACUGAGAAGUUAAAUAUUUUACUUCCAUGUGAA